AAGCUGCCGCGGUACCCACCCCACCGGGCAUGCUCUCACUCCUCGGGCCAGGCUUUGACUGCGGGGCGGGCAGCACCCGGCCCGCGGUGCGCUUCCCCAGUGUCCCGGUCCCUUUAAAUCGGGCCCGCCCGCUGCUAGGCAACGGCGCGGCCCGCGCUGGCGCUGCAGUGCAGAGGCUCAGCCCGGGCCGGCCCGGUCGGGUCGCGGUGGCCAGCACCGAACAAGGGGCUGCCGCCCGCCGGUGGUGGCCGGCUUCGGGAAAGAGGGGACAGGGCUCUCCAGACCGCACCCACGCUUCCAGGUAUUGGAAGAGGUGCCUGAAGAAAUGGCUGCUAGAAGAAAACACUGGAAGGAGAAUAUGUUUACUCCCUUUUUUAGUGCACAGGAUGUUCUAGAAUGGGCUUCUCAGCCUGAGUCUUCUGAACAAACAACUGUAGAUAAGACCAAGAGAAUAGAAGGAAUUUAUAAUUUGUCCAGUAGAAAGUUUCAAGAAGAAAAUAAAUUUAAGAGGAAAGAAUAUAUUUCCCAACUAAAUGAAACAGAACAAGAACCAAAUUUAAGAGCGAGAAAGGUAAACAUUUCAAAGAAUGAGGGGGACACAAAUUCUGCCUCCUGUGAAUCAUGUAAUGUGGAUGUUGCUACAGAAGAAAGCUGUAACAGCACAGAAGAUCACUCUACCUGGGGUACAAAGAAAUUACUACGACGACAAGACAAAAGGAAGAAAUUUACCAAAGGAAUGUCUCCGAAACUUCGCCUGAAUCUUUUGAAUGAAGAACUGGAAGAACUUAAUAUGAAGUGCAGAAAAAUAGAAGAGGAAUUUGAAAAUGCUGAAAAAGAACUUUUGAACACUAAAAAAGAAGUAUCUACAAAACCCCUAAAUUUUCAAGAACCAGGGAUGGAUACUUCAAAGAAUGACUGGGAACUUCAAGCUUUAAGAAAGGACCUAUCUGAGAAAGCAACAAAUGUAAAAAAUUUAACUGAAGAGCUCCAGCAAGCCAAAGAAGUCAUCCACAAGUUGAAUCUAGAAAACAGAGAUUUGAAAGAAGCUGUUAGGAAGUUAAAGCAUCAAACUGAGGUUGGAAAUACACUCCUAAAAGAAGAAAUGAAAUUGUAUUAUGAAUGUGAAAUGGAAAAGAUCCUCAGAGAGCUCGAUGCCAUCAAGAAUGAACUGAGAGCUGAGAAGACCCUGCAAGCAAGAAAUAACAGAGCCCUGGAAUUGCUUAGAAAACACUUUGCUUCGGUGGUAACAUCUUCAAGUACCCUUGACUGCUUUGCUGGGGUUUUUUUAAAACUCAAAAAAAAAAAAAAAAGCCUUUCCUCAGGCAAGUUAUUGAGCCAAAUCAGUGAUCAUGGUACUUUCUUCGUGCACCACUUAAAAUGA